UCCAAAUAGGGCCCACAACUCCGCACUUUUUCCUUUCCCCUUUGUAUGCAAGAAGAUGAGAUGAUCUUCUGAGGAAUCCCUCAAAACAAGCCCACCUCUUCUUUCUCUUUCACGAAUCUCUCUCUCUCUCUCUCUCUUUAUUUGCUCUUACAUUUUCUAUCGUGCUUCCACCAUUCACGCUUUCUUGGUCUGUCCUACAUCUAUUUCAGCUCCAAAAAGACCUUUUCCUCUGAAUCCCUAGUUCUCAUAAAUGCUUCAGUUUCCGAGAAAGAUUUUUGGGUUAUUCCGAAAUCGCUUUGUCUUCUAAAAGGAAAAUUUCCACUGUGGUCUUCCGGAAGCGUGGGUUGACUCCGGGCUUUCAAUUUUCCGCAAGUGGGUUUUCAUUUCGGAACCCUCGUUGGAUUCAGGGUCAUCGUGAAAUCGGUCGGUCAAUUUUCGACAUAGUAAAGGUUGUUGGUUUCUGGGUUUGAUCAAUAUUGAGUUUCUGCAUGUGGGUUUUUGGUAUUAGAGGUCCUGGACCCCCUGGUAAUGAAAUCUUUGGAUGAAUUUCAUGUAAGACCGAGGUUUCCUGUUUUGGGUUUGUGUUGAGGUAUACAGAAAGAGAAUGAAAAGAGGGAAAGAUGACGAGAACAUCAUGGGGCCCAUGUUCCCGAGGCUUCAUGUUAAUGAUACCGAGAAAGGAGGGCCAAGAGCACCUCCAAGGAAUAAGAUGGCUCUUUAUGAACAGCUAAGUAUUCCCUCUCAGAGGUUCAAUCCUGGGGUCCGGCCUCUUAACCGUCCAAAUAACAGUAGCAGUUUGGUUCUCCCCAAAUCCUCGAGCCAGGGAAAUGGCCUUGAAAAAAAUUUUCACGUCCCACUUCACAUACCUCCAUCAACACCCACUCAUCGGGCUGAGAAAUUUCUUACUCGCCAGUCUGAAGGAUCAGGUUUGAACAAUUCAUUGGCACAACUCAAGGAGAGGAAAGUAGGAGAUGAAGAUGACUUUAUUGUUCCUAUAUUUGUUCAAUCAGGAACAGGGCAAUGCAUUGAUAAAACUCAAAACAGUAGUGAUAGGGAAAAACUCACUCCCUCCAGCCCUACUUAUUCUUUUCGCUCUAUAAAACACAAAAAUGCUUGUGAUAAAGAUCCAAAGUUAACUACCUCCCCUGCUCUCAAAUUGAGGCAAGAAGUGAGAUGUGAGAGUGAAGAGUGCCCAAAAGUGAGUGGUCCCAGUCAUUCAGUAAAAUCUACAACAGAUCCAUCAACUAGAGAAAAGAUUGAAGGGCUUGUGAAGGAACCCAAUGCAACUCAAUAUCAAGAGUAUCGAGAUUUCCCUGUGACUAAUGUUAGCAGGUCAGAUGAUAUUAGUACUUGUUCACAACAAGAGUUCAGAACCAGGUUGCCACCGUUUGACACUAGAUUUGUUGAGUCUGUAAGGGAUGUAGAGAACAGAAAUGGUUCUCACCUAAGAAGCAUCUCUCACUCGAGAGAGGAUAAUAUCAAUGAGCCUGAUAAUUGCAGUGAAUAUCUUGUAGACAGGACAAAUGUGUCACUACAAAUGGGAAAUGUAGACAAAAGUGAUGAUGUCUCUGAGACCUCCAUGGUGGAUUCUGUAUCAGGCUUUGAUAUCUCUCCAGAUGAUGUCGUAGGAGUAAUAGGUCAGAAGCAUUUCUGGAAAGCAAGAAAAGCGAUUGUCAAUCAGCAAAGAGUGUUUGCAGUCCAAGUAUUUGAGUUGCAUAGGCUGAUAAAGGUCCAACAACUGAUUGCUGGAUCGCCGCAUCUUUUGCUUGAAGAUGGUGCUUUUCUGGGCAAAGCUACAUUGACGGUUUCUCCUGCAAAGAAACUUCCGCUCAAGUAUGUCAUAAAACCGCCAUUGCAGGUUGUUAAGGGCAAAGACGAUUCCGAGAGUUCAAACCAUAAAAUGGAAUCUUCUGCAGAAAAUGGAGUUGGGAAGACAUGUAUUCCUUCUGUACAAAGUGGUAGUCAGCCGCCAAAUUAUGGACCUUAUCUAGGACACUUGCAGCCAGCUACUAUGGCUACUGAUAAUAAAAUGGCUCCUUGGUCUUUCCAUCAGUCACCUGGGCAUCAAUGGUUAGUACCUGUAGUGUCUCCUUCUGAAGGACUUAUAUACAAGCCCUAUCUUGGACCUGGGUAUAUGGGAGCAUUUUGUGGAGGAUAUGGACCUUUCAACCCAGCUCCCUUGACAGGUAACUUUAUGAAUCCAGCCUAUGGGGUUCCAGCUCAUCAUCAUCAUCAAGGAAUCGGGAAUAUUCCUGGUACAACUCCACUUGGUCAUACUUUCCUUCCUCUAUAUGGCAUGCCAGCCAUGGAUCCAGCCACGUCAGGUUCACCCCUUGAACAAGCGAACCAAUUUACUGGACCUGGUCCACAUGAUCAAACUCAGUUUUCAGAAGGUAGAGCCAACUCUAACAUGCAGCACCUAAGCUCACACCACGUGCCAAGCCAAAAGCAUGGAGCUGUUUCACAAGUUGCAAAGUUUCAGGCAUCUAAAGAUAGUGAAUUGCAAGGAAGUACAGCAAGUAGUCCCUGGGAGAGAGCACGAGGUGUCAGGACAGGUUACACUUCUGAGGGGAGGGGAGAUGCACUUCCACUUUUUCCUACUGAUCCAGUAGACCCAGAGGCAGCUUCUCAGCCUCGUGAAACCGACCAGCCGACACGCGUGAUCAAAGUUGUGCCUCAUAAUCCUAGAACUGCAACUGAAUCAGCAGCUCGAAUUUUCCAAUCUAUACAAGAAGAGAGAAAGCAGCAUUACUCGGUUUAGCUCAUCAUAUGCAUCAAUCACCUGCUGGUAAAUGAUCUUGGGAUCAUCUAAGUUGGUGUCGUGCUUGGUCAUUCCCUCUGUACUCUUUCGGUAAUGGGCUUGCCUUUGCUUAAUUAUUGUGACCUAUUCAAAUAUAUAUAUAUAUAUAUAUAUAUAUAUAUAUAUAUGUCAUAUGUUUCUGGAAGAUCACCACCGUUGAUGAGUAUAUGCUGUCUCUUCAAUUUUGGUGUUGGAUCGACUUUUGGGCAGAGGUGGCAUUACUCAAGUGAAGAGGCGGAUUGGUUUUCACCUAUGAAUUCUUUAGCUAUUAAAAAAUAGGAGGAGAAACUCAUGUAACAAGAAUGCAUAUUGUUUUCUUUUUUCAUUUCUAUGUUGAAUAUUUUUGGCAAAGGGGGCCUUACUGUUUGAA